AUGAUUGCAAAAAUAUCCUCAUUCUACCCUACUUCCAACUUCAAACCCGCCACAUCUCAGCCCCAUCCUUGGAAGAACACUGCGAAAAUUCUCUUAUCGCUCAUUUUGUUAACGGGUGUAGAUCUUGACUUCCUCAUCUACUAUUUCUUCUAUCACAUUUCGCGCAAAUUACUUGCGAUUUCAGGUCUGGGCACGAGAGGAAAAUUGAAGCUCCUCGCAAUCACUCUCGCUUUUGAACCAUGCUGGUUUUUAAUUGGUGCUGCUCACAAUUUUGGUGAAAUGUAUAUAGACAUAACAUUGGAGCGUAUCCUGAGGCCAUUGGGGGAGAAGAAAAACAAUGCUACUGAGAAGGAAGAGGAAAAGGAAGAAAAAGCUCACUCUGCAAACUAUCCUGAACCAAUCUCCGUAAUCAUCAAUCGUUUAUUCUCACUACGAGACGGAAUUGAAUACAAUAUCUUCGAAGAAUCGGAUGAAACCGACUCAUACAAGCGAAUAAUUGGGAAACCAAAGGAAACACAAAAACCCGAGAGCGAAGCAGACAAGAAGGAAAAUAAAUAUUCUUCCGCUCUUAGACAUUCCAAUAAUCAAUCUUCCCUGUCCCAAGCAAGAGCGCGUCGCUUCCUCGAUUUUAUGAGCUUCGACACUGAGAAAGGACCCCAUAACCAUCUCAAUAAAUAUACUGUCGCGGAAGAGAGAAUUUCUGCACCAUAUUAUCUUACUCCACUUCCAUGUGCUCAAUUCGGGCCAACAACCAUCGUUCGCCUUCCAAGCACUCUCAGAUCCAGAAUCCGUUGCAUGAUCGACUCAGUUACGCGAGAACUGAAAUCAGAAAAGAGACAUAAAGCACUGCGACUCAUCGUAGAAACCGAACAAUAUGUGGAGAAAUUAUUCUUGAGAUCUGAAUCUAGCAUGCCGGAAAUGGUUGGGCAAAUGGAGGAAUUAGAAAGAAAGUUGAAGGGAAUUUUUGAAGAUGCGGAAAUUGCUGAAGUGGAGAAUGAGAGGGAGGUAGGAGAUGAUGAUGAUGAAGAUGAAGAGGAGGAAUUGGCAUCCGGUAUCUUGACUCCCUCAACCUCUUCAGGUGCAUCAACACCUAUUGUACGACCGGCAACUCCCUGGGUUCGUUCUGAAUUUGCAUUUGGAGAUGCUACUGAGGAUGAAGAGGAAGACAUGUCGACUGGUGUGUUGCCACCUUCAACCUCAUCCACGCCUUCGACGCCUGAUAUAACCCGGGCAAUUCCCACAUCUCCUCCACCUCCACCCCCAUCCCCAUCCACAUUCACUCCAAAAACCACCAUCGCCGGCCGUCCCUGGCACCUCUUCCUCGUCGAUACAAUCUACAAAUGCGACAACUCCCUCGAUUACGAAUGGAGAACCCCCGAGCUGUUCAACGCAUGGUGUAGAAAAAAUUCCUGGUUUGCCGUUACAGAAGGAGAAAUUGCGCUUUUGGAAAAAUGGAAAUGGUGGGCGUUGGAUGAUAGCCCUGUAGUUGAGAAGUGGAAUUGGUAG